AUCCUUUUCCGACAUGGCGUCGUUCAUGUACCGCAGUCGGAAUAUUAGAGGGAUUCGAUCGUUACGAAAACGCUAUGACAGCGACGAAGAAAAUGUACAGCUGGAUUACGAAAGAGACCCUAGGGAAAAUGUCCGAGAAAUCUUGACCCACAUUGUUAAACGAGAAGGAGUGAGUAAAGGCUGCAAGCUUGGCUAUCUCAACAGCUUUGUUAAAUUAUUUACUCAUGUUGGUCCAGAAGCAGACAUAGGGUUCUCAUUGGAGGAAAUAUUUUGUUGUCUCCGUGUUACACUGCUCCAUGAAGCUGUUGAAGUUCGAGCUGCUACACUUCGAACGAUCAGAUACUUGAUACGAAGGAAAGAAUCAGUCCAAGCCUUCUGCUCUGUGCAGCUUCCAUUUCUAGUAACUCGUUGUUUAGACAUUGUUCUAGAUAACAGACUAGAAAGGGUUCAUGCUUUGCGUUUGAUAAGAAGGAUUCUGGCAGUUGAUCAUGAAAACUUUCCAGCAUCUCUUACUCGGUGUCUUGUGGCUAUUGUAAACAAUGGUACUCAUGAGAAGGAUCAUUUGGUAAAGGCCAGCUUAGGAACACUGAGUGAGCUUGCACUCAUGAAUCCUGAUUCCUGUGUAGAAACUGGAGUUCUAAGGGUGAUUGUUCACAGUAUUCUCGACUGCCAAAGUCCUCAGAUUGGAGAAUCCCUUGUUGGGGUGAUUCUUUUCCUCAUAAAUAACUCCAAAACUCGCCAAUUUAUUAAAACCGAUAUUGACCUUGAGCGUAUAUUAGGCCCCUUCACUGAUCCACACUUCAGAUAUUCGGCUGAUACAGCAGAUCAUGCUAUCAAUGAAGACAAGGAAACAAGAUUUACAAUGGCAAGACUUGCCCUGAUAGCAGUGUUACGUUCUUGGCCUGGGAUGGUGUACCUGUGUAAACCAAAUUCAUCAGGACUUAAGUCACUAAUAGAUGUGCUUUAUUUGCCCUACAGUGACAUAAGAAGAAACAUUAUGGAUCUGUUGUUUGACCUGUUUUGUCUACCAUCACCUGAGUUGACAGAUGAUUUUUCUGUGGCUAUUCUAUCAGCUGAUCCUUCUGUUAUGCAACAUUCAUGGCAGUUAUAUGAAGGGUUUGUAGCAGCUGAAGGAAGAGAUAUACUUCCUCAUGUAGCAAAGCACAGAACAAAUUUUGUUGAAAACUACUUAGCACUUUUAUUGUUUGCGUUUGUUCAAAUUGGAGUGUUGGAGGCUCUUGUAGCUGUUAUUGUUUGUAAUGAUCCACAUUUAUCCGUAAGGGCUACAGUUCUGCUGGGAGAGUUGUUAUAUAUGGCAAGUUCAUUGUUACCUCCAGAAUGUAGCCACCACUGCCACUGUUUACCAUCUUUAAUGUCUCAUGCAGCUUCAUUUGAAACUUCUCCCCAAAAGAGAAACCAAGCCAGUACUGCCAUAACAUAUUUAAAUCGAAUGCAUAUGUUGAAGAAGAGAGGAGUUGUGCCAUGUAGUCUUUUUCUGGACCAGCUGCUCCAGUUCUGUAGCCCAAUAAAAAAACAAGUGGGGUUCUCCAGUAGUUCAAGACAUACUGCUCACUUUCGGCAGUACCUGAAAAAGACCUCUGAGGACAUAAGCAAUCAGGCUAUCAAAGACACCCAAGUUACUGUAAGAGAGUACACAAGCUGGGAUUGGGAUCUUAUUGGAAGCAUACUUAAAGUACCGUGGCCUGGAGAUGUACUAUACAAGUUAGAUGACAGUAGUCAAAAAAACUUCAUCAAGAAGCUGCUUCAUUUCUUUAAACCAACUAGUAAACAGUUUUCACUAAUAGAAGCAGACAAAGAACAUGGAAGGCAGAUUUGUGUUGUUGGAUGUCAACUAAUUGAUUUUCUUCUUGAGGCAGAUGAAACAAAGUCCUAUGAACUGUUAGAUGAAUUUUUGACAGACUUGAACCUUUGCCUGUCUCAGAUUACAUUAGAUAGUGCACCACUACAAGCCAUUUUGAGCCCCACACGGGUUCUGUCUACACUAAGUCACGCCUACUUUCUAUUUAUUGGUAGAAUGUCCAAUUCAAGUAAAGGACGUAAGCUGCUUGAAAGAUCAGGUGUUUUCCAGCAUUUAUUAAACCUCGUAAGCUUGACCAAUCAUGACACAUAUGUUAAGCUUGUCAUUUCAAGCUUAGACUAUACAAAGGAGGGAUUCACAAGAACAAUCCUGACUAAAGUUUUAACUGCAACCUCAGAGGUUUCAAGAUUAUAUGCCACUAACUACCUCAGAGUUCUCCUGCGAGCUCAACUUCCAGAGUUCUCUAAGUGGGCUGUAGAGCUUCUUGUAACACAGCUGUAUGACAAGAGUAGGGCAGUGUCAUUAGCAGCUGCUGAAAUUCUAGAUGAAGCUUGUGAUAACCAGAAAAUUCUUGAAGCACUGAUAAGUCUUCGCCCUUCUUUGCUACAUGUUGGUGAUAAGGGACUUUUAUUGCUGUUGCGCUUCCUCUCCAUUCCCAAAGGUUAUCGUUUUCUUCGAGAUGCAAACUUUAUUAAUCAUGAGUUAGAAAGGUGGAGGAAGUCUUACAACCUAAAGUAUGUGAAAAUUGUAGAAGACACAUUGAACGAGGGAUUCACACAUCACCGCAGGGGGGAAGAUGGAACUUAUGGACGAAGCAGCACGUCCAUUAGAGUAUCAGUGCAUAGUUCUUUUGUUCCCCCACACAUGUAUGGACAGCUGGCCCAACAUCAGGAUGGUUUAGACUUUUUGGUUCAGAGUGACUGUCUGCAUCCACUAUUCCAUGUCAUCCAUAAUGCCCAGCUAGAUAGCAAUCACAGUAUUUUACAGCUAAAGGCAGCUCUGUGGGCUGUGGGCCAUCUAGGCACCUCCCAUCUUGGUGCCAACUAUGUAAUUGAAGCAGAUGUUCUUCCUUGGAUAGUAAGAUUAGCAGCAGAAGCACCAGUAUUUUCAGUUCGAGGGACAUGUUUCUAUGUUCUGGGAUUACUCUGCACUACACCAGUAGGAUCAGAUGUUUUAUCCCGAUUUGGAUGGGAAGCUGUUCGACACAACCAUGAGGAAAAGUGGCCUAUAGUUAAAGAGAAACUCCAUAUUGAGGAUAUAAUGUCUGAAGAAUCUAGACCUUUCAGCUGUUCAGUAAGCAGUGAAGGAAGUCAGUUCAGUGAAUUGUUUUGGUUUGGUAGGCAGAAUUUUGUGUCUUCUAGUCCCACAUUUUUGUUGAGUACACCUGAGAAAGAAGAUAUUCCCUUUGUUGAUGAUUUAGGGGAUCAUUCGUGUGUUUUAUUCAGAUCGAACACAAACACCUCCUACCCUGCCAAUGAACAAAGAACAUUAACUUUAACUUCUGAUUUUUUUGAAGAUGGUGAUGUCCCUAAUUCAUGGUCCCAUGUAAUUUCAAAAACAUCUUUUUCUCCUCAACAUAAACGCUCAAUUAGUGAUGGUAGACCCAGGUCAUCCUCAGAUGGUAAACCAUUUCUUAAACGAACAGAUGUUGUAGAAAGAAUUGAUGGAGGUGAUCAGAUGACCUUGACUACCCUCUCUAUUCCCCAGUCUUCUCAAGAGAGAAUAAACUCUAUAAAUGAGGGACAAGAUGGUAGUACAGGCGAUGAUACUUUGAUAAAAGGGAGAAGUGUUAGUUCCUCAGAAGUUCAGAAAAGUCCUGGACUACGCAGGAUCUUUGGACCCAAAGAUGAACGUAGUGAUAGCAAUGAAAGUUCACAAACAAGUGUUAGUAAAAGUAGAUCAGAUAGCUGCACUGACUCUACUACCAGUGGUGUUAGUUCCUGUGAUUCAACAACAUUUCGAGCCCCCCACUUGGAACAUGCUCAAACACUUAGUCCAAUACCUAGCUCUACAUCACUCAAUACUAUGGCCAGCAGAACAUAUGCUCUUUCAGAAUCUUCUCACUGUCGAUUGUCAUUCUAUCAACAGAGUGUGCCACAUCGGCAUUGUUCUCAAGUUUUCAGUUCUACUUCACCUGAACCUUCCUCCCCUGUGUCUUUCACCUACACAAGUGUUCGAGAUGCUAUGGGAUAUGUAGCACUGAGAGCAAUACAACGACCUCGGGUGCAGUCCCUUAGUUUAGAAGAUGAUAAUACUUGUAACAUUCUCAAUGAAUAUCGAUCAUCCAAAACACGAAGCUUGGAUCCUUGUUUUGCUACAGACAUUUUCAUAGGUUAUGAAGAUGAAAAUCAGUUUGAAAAGAGUGCCCGUAGAGCUUCACUUUCAAGCCAAGUCACUAUUAAAAGCAGUGAAUCAAAGUCAUCUGAGGUUCCAGUGGAGGAGAAAUACAUUGGACUAUGUUUGCCUGUUGACAUCAACUUGAUAUUCUCUCAUGGUAUAGAACAAAAAAUGAGAAAUAAGAAGAUCAGUGUUAUAUCAUCAGCAUCUACCAUCAGUAAAUCAGAAAUGAGCUGGAAGCAUUACCUAGAAACCUUACCUAGUAGUGAAGAUACAAAAAAGGCUGAGGGUCUUGAGCUUCACACCAAGGAAACUUGCUUAGCUUGUUAUAGGGUUCACAAGGGGGAAGCAAUACAAAUUACUGGAGCCACUAAUUCUGAAUCUGAAGAAGGAAGUUCUAAAGUUGAGAGUCAUUACCUAUGUAGUCCAUGUCAGAGUGGAGCAGAGAGCCCCAUUCCUCAGAUUAGAAGGAUUGUCAAGUCUCGAGCAAAUAGCUUUGACUCUGCCACAGCUACAACACCUGGCAGCCUUGCGAGUAGUGGGAGCACGGAUGGAUUGAGUAACUAUCAUCUUAAGGGUCCAACCUCCCUUAGUGAGAAGAGAAAAGAAGUGCUACGAUUUGUUAACCACCUUAGCAGUUCCAUAGCUGUCAAAGGUGCAGAGCAGGGUCUUCUCAAUUUGAAACAGAAAUAUCCAAACACAUUCCAAGACGUAUGUUUGUACUCUGAGAUUUGUCUUCAAAUGGCUCGAUACAACUUCCGGCUCACAGCACGAAGGUUCCUUCAGGAACUGUUCUUUGACAUGAAAUUUGAACAGGUUUUUGAAGAAGCUGAAUUGGUUCUAGCUUCAUUUUCUCUCCCUGUCCUGCCUACAUCCAGUGAAAGUAAAGCAUAGCAAUAAUGUAGUUGUUAUAUUUAUAAAACUUCCUUAGUCUAAAAUAAGUUGUUUUAAUUGUGUUCAAGUACAAUUAAUGGCAAAAGUUCAUGUUUCAAACUAUAUUAGUAAGGCAAAUGAUGAAUCAUAAAUUUUCAAGUAUAUCCAGUCUGUAUAAGCUUAACAAACUACAGUUAAGACAACAGUUGACCACAAGUGAGAAAACAUUCGUUUGCAUAAAAAAUACAUCAAACUAAAGUACCCAACUGUCUCAAAACUGAAUACUUCAAAGAAAAAAUACAUAGUUUGUGAAAAUGAAAUAAAAACUAAUGCAUAGAGCCCAUCUAUGUGUGUAUAUCAAAACAAGAAUUGGAGAAUUAAUGGGAUGUGCUGCUUUUCUCCAAAUAUUUAAAACAUAGGGGUGAAAGAUUAUACAGUUUCAUCAUUCAAUAUUAAAAUUCGUGUUUUGUUACUUGUACACUGAUUUUUUUUUAUUAUUAAAAGCUAAUAUACAGUCACAUUUUAUUUUUAACAAAAAUUUCAUUUAUAAUGUGUGCUUUAAUUGUGAACCAGCAAGAUUUAAGGAAUUAAGAUUAAGCUGGUCUUUCUUUCACUAAAAAGAAGUUUAUGUAUUAAAAUUACGUAUACCGAUUGUUAUAUGUUUAAUUAAUCAAAGAAUUCGAUUAUCGAUGAGUAUAUGUAGAUAGCUACUUAAUCUAUGGUGAUAUUUUAUCUAGUUAAGGAAUCUGUUCCUUAAAUAAUUGUUUAUUAUGUACACUCAGUGAUUUUAACUACAGGUUAAAGGAUAACCAAUAAAUCCAAUGUAAAUUUGUACAGUUAUGAGUACCUUAUUGUAAGUAAUUCUAUUACAAUUUUGUUUGAAAAGAAAUAAAAUUCUUUUAUUGCUUCUUGA